CCCCCCCCCCCCACUACCACCCUUAUAAAGGGUAUUGCACUCUGGAGUGAGAGGAAACCAGAGGCGUCGGGGAGCAGCUCUUCACCACAGGUCGCGAUUCGAGAAGCCAGUCACCGAUGUGUAGGGGAUUAGCGUCUUUCCCCUCAUCAUGCUUGGAAAAAGCGAAGGGGAUGCGGGUGAAGAUCAGUCACCUGGCUGAGAGGCACGAGUGGACCCACAAAUACAGAGCAUCGGAGAAGGUCCUCCCAGAUCUGGAAGCUCUGCUCAGCAACAAAGUGGGCCUACAGGCUUUCCAGUGGUUCCUGCGUUCUGAGUUCAGCGAGGAGAACCUGGAGUUCUGGCUGGCCUGUGAGGACUACAGGAGAUCGGAGGAGAGCCAGCUGGGGACCAAGGCCCAGUGCAUCUAUAGUCGGUUCAUCAACUCUGAGGCGCUGCAAGAGGUAAAUUUGGACUCCGAGACUAGAGAGUCUCUGGCAAGGGUGACUGAAGAUCCCAGAGCCGACGCCUUUGAUGAAGCCCAACAGAGCAUCUACAGUCUCAUGGCCAAGGACUCCUUCCCCAGGUUCCUGCGUUCAGCCCACUGCCAGGGAGUGCUGAAGACUCUGUAAACUACACCACCUACUGGGCUGGAGGACCAAGAGCAGCCUUCACCAAUGACCUCCCAGUGCAAGUGACUCUGCUAUUAAUAAUGAUCUUAGCAUAGUAUAGAAUAUAAACAGCAAUUGUAGCGUGCAUAUUCAUACAGGCUGUAGUAACUUUAAUAAAACUAUUGUAUUACCUAUAUA